CAGGAUCGUGUAACCCGCAUGUAUGUUUCUUUGCCCAUGCAUAUGCAGUGCAUGCAGAUUUCUCGUUUACAUCACGAUCGAUUGCAGCUGAGAAAUUUCUUAUGACUCCCAUUUCCCGAGAAAGCUCUUGAAUGAUGUGUCCAGAAUUGACGGCUCUUUUACUCAAUUCUUUAAUGGGGAUGUGCGGCGUCCAUACUAAUGCGCACAACCCAUACGACACUUCAUCGGGGCCGAUGAAUUUCAGGCAAACGUGAAAAUAUGUUAUAGCCAAAUCGUGACAACCAUCUGCCCCUUCCAGCGGAAUUAGGCCUCAGUGUUAGAGAAUGGUAACGAUCGACUUGCUGAUCGAUCACAGCUUGAAAUUUCGACUGAUGGAUUUUCUUUCACAUUCGUUGAUUCGCUCACCGGGAGAAGGUGCUAAGACAGUGAUGCUUCAAUCCUUUGUCUCUCUUCCCAUCCCACAGUGACACCUCACCUACCUGGAGCUCAAACGUUCUUGAUACCUGUUUCAUGACCAUCACCUGCUGCAAUGCCGUCGGUGUAUGAUGUCUUCAGGCUUGUGACACUGAUGUCAUUAGGACAAACUGUUUACGCUCAAUCAAGGACGGACUUUAUCAAAGCACUUCUUGAGGAUUAUGAUAACCGAGUGACCCCAACGUUUGAUGAAGGCACGCCAACUGAGGUUGAUGUUUCACUAUUCAUCAACAACAUCGACUCCAUAAGUGAACAGACAAUGGAAUUUAGUCUAAAUGCCUUCGUAGUCCAAGAAUGGAAAGACAAACGCUUGGAGUUCCUGGGCCUUAUAGAUGCUGAAUAUUUGGAACUGGACACGAAACUAAUGGACGGCGUGUGGGUACCUGAUCUGUACUUCUCUAACGAGAAGCGAGCGUCCUUCCACUCUGUGACCGUACCCAACAAAAUGCUACACUUGUAUAGUGACGGCCACGUAGUUUACAAACUAAGGGUGUCCCUGACAGCAUCCUGCCCAAUGCAGUUGCAGAAGUACCCCAUGGAUUCCCAGAUGUGCUCCUUGCUGGUUCAAAGCUUUGCCUUUUCCAAGAGAAGUCUGAUGUUCAAAUGGAAGGAUGAGGACCCUGUCAAGCGACGGAUGAAACUGCAGCUGCCUCAGUUUAGCUUGAGAGAUAUAGAAACCCGCAACUGCACAGAAGAGGAUGAAAACGGUAAUUUCACGUGUAUAGCAGUUGACUUCCUUCUGCACAGGCACAUUGGUUUCUAUAUGAUACAGAUCUACAUUCCCAGCAUGCUGAUCGUUCUGCUGUCCUGGGUGUCUUUCUGGCUUAAUGUGGACGCUGUCCCCGCACGCAUCUCUCUCGGUAUUCUUACUGUCCUUACCAUGACAACACAGAAGUCUAUGGCCAUUUCAUCUCUACCCCGGGUUUCCUAUGUGAAAGCGAUCGAUGUGUGGAUGGCAGCUUGUCUUUGCUUUGUUUUUGCGUCUUUGCUAGAAUUUGCUCUGGUAAAUGUCAUGGACAGACGACAGGUGAAGCGCCGUCAAGCACCAAAGGACAUCUCACUGGACAUUGUGGAAAAGUCUCCACUGAGGCAUGGAAACAGUGAACCAGUAUCCAAGUGGGUCCAAGAUCCCUCGGGGGCAGCCAGAGCAAAGAAUGUGGACAAUGUGUCGCGUGUGUUUUUUCCUGGCGCUUUCAUCGUCUUCUGUGCUGUAUACUGGAUGGCCUAUAGCUUGUAGAUGGUACACAUAAUGGGCUAGUCGUGUAGUACAAUUAUAUUAGAGGCAAGUUAAGCGACACGUGAUGUCUCAGCCAGUAGUAUUAUUAGAUGUAAUGCAGAUGUUGUUUUGCAAUAUCUCACUUUGUUUGCACUUAGAAAACACUGAUACACUUCUUAAAUGCAUUUUAUGACACUUGGUUGUUGCGGGCAUUUAUUUAUGAAAAGCAAAAGCAACUGUGGGUUUGCCACUAUAUACAUUGCUGCUUUGCACCUGCAUUGCUCUAUUUUGGAUAUUUCACGACAAUAUUGAUUCAUUCACAUUGGCGAUUAUCUUGACAUUACUGCAAUUGGUUAUUGCUGCUUCACAACAGACUAGUGUUUUCAGUUUAACUUGAACAACCCGGGAGACUUAUCCUUUUUAUAAAUAUUUUUUUACCCACAUCUACACAUUCGAAUUUCGCACUAGAUUUUCAGAUAAAUGGAUAUUAUGAACAUGUCGGCGUUUCUUAUAAUAAUAUCAUCCUGAAACAUGAUAGCAAUUUACACCCGCACUUGAAACAUACACAUCAUGGCCAAAUUCUAUUCUGCCAAAGGCUCACGUGCUGGUUUCAGCAUCACGUAUUCCCCAUGGCUGAGACCUCAUAUGAGUCAGUCAUGAGAGACAUACACAUUGUGUGUUUACACAUGUAAUGAAAUAUUUGAUACCGCCAAAAGUCAUGUAAAUGUCACCUUUAAGUGUUAUAACGUAAUGAGUGACACCAUGUCCUUCAACCCUAACAGUAAUGCCCACCCAUAUACACAUGGAAGAAAGUAUCGCAACACCUCUGAUUUCUGAACCCAUAUAAACCAUUUAUGUUCAUGUCAUAAUUAUGUUUGUUUGUAUGAUUAUUUGGACCUUUCGAUUUUAGAUUUCAUGUGCAUGCGAAUAACCAUAAUUAAGCAAAUACCACGUUUCAGUCAACUGUUAUUUCCGCUCGAUAACAUGGAAAAUCAAUUGAUUUCGUUGUUGAUAAGCAACUACGGGGCCUCCUUAACUGACAACUGCUCAAAGAUGGCACGUUAUUAGUAUGCGGUAUGCAGGCGUGUAACUGAGGGUUCAUUGUAAGAGAUGUUGUUUGUCAUCAAUCAACUAUCAUCAGCAAGCUAAUGACGUGGAGGACAUUCAGCGUUCAGGGCGAUCAUGAGCGAUCACUCCUAAGGAGGAUACAUCAGUUCUUCCGGAGUCCACGUCGUCGUUUGUCCAACAGAACGGUCCGAAAUCGACCGAACUCGGCGGAGUAUAGAGCCAGACAACCAAUCAGACGUCGGUUCUUAUCCCGAAAGCACAAAGCAGCACGACUAGCUUGGUGUCAAGCUCAAUGUCACAGGAAUUUGAAGUCAUUGGGAAGAGUCACCUGGUCGGACUAAAAUCGAUUUCCUCUUUUCACGUACAAAUAAACACUGCAUAUACAAAAGGAAAUAUUUUGGAGCAAGUACCGUUUGGCGGGGGAUCGUUGAUGGUGUCGGGGUGCCUUUUACGUGACUAUAAAUUUGACCUUGAGACGAUCAGACACAAUCUGAAUGGACAACGGUACGUCACUGACAUCCUAAAUAAGGUUCUUUUACCACAUUCACCAUCCUGUGAACACAAGGCCAGUUGCUUGUUUACAUUGUGCACGUGCACGUUGGGGAUUUCUUUCGUCAAGAGGUGAUAGCAACGUCCGCCAUGAGUCCACCUAUCAGUCCCACAGAGCAUGUUUGGGACAUUAUGUGUCGAGGAAUAUGCCAGAGAGAUCCUCGAGUAUUGAAACAAGCAGUCAAUCAAGAAUGGACCCCAAGACCUCAAAUUCAACGUCGGAUACAGCCAAUGACGAGGAGGGUCAGUAAAAAAGUUAUUGCAGUUGGCGGAUGUUACAAUCGAUAUUUAUUGACAUUGUGCUUGGUUAUUAUCCCCCGCAAUGCGUUUUGCGGGGGGAAUUAAAAUGGACUCCGUCCGUGCGUGCGUGCGUCCGUCCGU